AUGUUCCGUGCCGCCUUUGUUGGUGGGUUGAUGGCCCAAGUGGCCCAAGCCUACACUCAAGUCAACAUCAUGUCGCCCAUCUUUUACAAGAAUAUCGACCCCAUCGUCUUUCCCGGCAGCUACACCGAGUCACACAUGCAUACGUUCUUUGGCUCCGACGGCGUGACGGCCAGCACUACGACCAGUGCCGAGCUUCAGUCUGGCUGCACCAACGCUCAAAACCCCAACGACUUGUCCGUCUACUGGGUUCCGACUCUCUUAUACACCACCGACAGCGGUAGCUCUUGGGAACCUGUUCCCUUGUUCCGCUUCAGUGCGUACUACAGCCUGGGCGAUACGCCGGCCGAGGUCCCGAUCCCUCAAAACUUGAUGAUGCUGGCUGGAGAGGCUACAAACCAGAGCCCCACCGGCAUGCCUGAAAAGGCCAAGAUUGAGUGGUUUUGCGAGGGUGACAGCGUCGCCGCCGAUGAGAACGGCUUCCCCAGCAGCACUUGUUCUACGCACCUGCAGACUCUGCUGUUCUUCCCCAACUGCGUCAACGAGGAGACUCUUGAGUACGCCUACAAGGAUGGCUCAUUGGGCACGUCCAACGCUUGCCCUGAAAACAUGAAGUCCAUGCCGCAACUUCGCUUCAGCAUCCGAUACGACCUUCGCAAGGCUCUGCCAAAUGGCUGGAGUGGCACUGCGCCUCUGAAGCUGGCAUGUGGCAACGCUUAUUGCUCCCACGGCGAUUUCAUCAAUGGUUGGACUGAGGAGUCAGCUCUUAACAUGGUUGACGCAACGCAGUCAAAGUAUGAGUUCUCUGCUGUCAAUGGCGCUCUCGGUAACUCGGGUGAGCAGCCUAGCUGCCAGCCUGCCGAUUCUGAGCCGGACAAGGGAACGAGCGACUAUGCCGAGAGUGUUGCGCUCAUGAGCAAGCGAUCCGUUAACUCUGUUGGCUGGGCAUCUAGCAACAGAUUGGCACGAAGGGCUUAG